UGACUUCGUCUUGAUUGUGUCGAGUGUUGACAAAACGGCACUGCCCCACUAGAGCCAACCCUAACAAAGAAGCUUGAACAGCAGCACUACAUCGGUCUGGAGGAAGCGCGCAAUAGUUGCCCAAGGGAAGUGGAAGCUCCAGUUAUUGCUUCUCUUGUGCAUAAGCCUCUUCUAUUGAAAUGUUCUUUGGUUUCAAUUCUCACCCCGCAAUUCGCAAAGCAAUUACUAAUCCUCACAAGUUCGCUGAUUUCUUUCUGCUGCCUGCGUGUAUUCAUGGUAUUGAUUUCAUUUAUAGAUCCACAUGCAAUAUUUGUGCUCAGCCUUCUGGAUUCAUUGUGUUCAAUUCGUUUUUCUCUUCAUUGACAUCAAGAAAUGGAGAAAGAGAGGAUUUUUAUGAUAGCAACGAUGGCGCUAAGAAGUUUAGACAAACGGAUUUCGGUGAUGGCGAGUGCAAAAUUAAUAGUUUUGACGAGAUUGAAGGAGAUGGAGAAGGAGAAGGUAGUGAUAGUGAUAAUGAUGAUAGUGAUUUUAUGGUUUUGAAUUCUAUUAAUAGAAAUAAUGAUCAAAAUGAAGGAGUUAGGAGAAUUGAGAUAGAAGAAGAAGAAUUUCGACACCCUUUGGUGAGAGAAAUUUGUAGGUUGAUUGGACUUAGGUCAACUUGGAAUCCUAAGCUUGAAGGGGAUUUGAGGCGUUUACUAAGAAGCCUCAAGCCUCCACAAGUAUGUGCUGUUUUGCAGUCCCAAGAUGAUGAAAGGGUUGCUUUAAAAUUUUUCUAUUGGGCUGAUCGGCAAUGGCGGUAUAGGCACAACCCAAUUGUGUAUUAUGUGAUGCUUGAGGUCCUUAGUAAAACUAAGUUGUGUCAAGGUGCUAGGAGGGUUCUUCGGCUCAUGGCACGUAGGGGAAUUGAAUGUCAGCCUGAAGCUUUUGCUUAUGUAAUGGUGGCAUAUAGUCGGGCAGGUAAGUUGAGGAAUGCAAUGCAAAUAUUGACUGUGAUGCAGAAAGCAGGUAUUGAACCUAAUUUGUUUAUAUGUAACACUGCCAUUCACGUUUUGGUAAUGGCAAAUAAGUUGGAGAAGGCUCUGAGAUUUUUGGAGAGAAUGAAACUUAUUGGAAUCACACCAAACAUUUUCACUUAUAAUUGUUUGAUCAAGGGAUACUGUGCUGUUCAUCAAGUCGAUGAUGCCAUGGAGCUGAUUGCUGAAAUGCCCUUCAAAGGAUGCUCCCCAGAUAAAGUUAGUUACUAUACUGUGAUGGGUUUUCUUUCCAAGGACAAGAGGAUCAAAGAAGUGAAGGACUUAAUAGAGAAGAUGAUGAAGGAUAGUAAACUGUUUCCUGAUCAGGUUACUUAUAAUACUCUAAUUCAUAUGCUUUCCAAGCAUGGGCAUGCAGAUGAGGCAGUUGAGUUUUUGAGGGAAGCUGAAGAAAGGGGAUUUCAGGUUGAUAAAGUUGGACACAGUGCUAUAGUUGACUCAUUUUGUAAGCAGGGAAAGAUAGAACAGGCAAAAACAAUUGUGAAUGAAAUGUUCACUAAAGGUUGCUCCCCUGAUGUAGUGACAUAUACUGCUGUUGUUAAUGGACUUUGUAAGGUUGGGCAGGUAGAGGAGGCUAAAAAGAUGCUUCAGCAAAUGUACAAGCAUGGCUAUAAGCCAAACACUGUGUCGUAUACAGCCUUGCUAAAUGGGCUUUGUCGAAAUGGGAAAUCAUUGGAGGCAAGGGAGAUGAUGAACAUAAGCGAGGAAGACUGGUGGACCCCAAAUGCUAUUACUUAUAGUGUUGUGAUGCAUGGGCUGCGAAGGGAAGGGAAGCUGUCUGAGUCUUGGGAUGUGGUGAGGGAGAUGCUUAGAAAGGGAUUUUUCCCAACUCCUGUUGAAAUUAAUUUAUUAAUCAAGUCACUCUGCUGGGAGGGAAAAACAGUUGAUGCAAAAAUAUUCAUGGAGGAGUGUUUAAAAUGGGGUUGUGCUGUCAAUGCAGUAAACUUUACUACCGUAAUUCAUGGAUUUUGCCAGAAUGAUGACAUAGAUACUGCUUUGUCAUUGCUGGAUGACAUGUAUCUAAACAACAAACAUCCUGAUGCAGUCACUUAUACAACGAUAAUUAACGCACUGGGUAAGAAAGGUAGAAUAGAAGAGGCUACUGAAUUUACUAUGCUGAUGCUUGAGAAGGGAUUGGAUCCUACACCUGUGACAUAUAGAACAGUGAUCCACCGGUAUUGUCAAAUAGGAAGGGUUGAAGAUUUGUUAAUAUUAUUGGACAAAAUGCUUUCACGGAAAAAAUGCAGAACAGCAUAUAAUCAAGUUAUUGAGAAACUAUGUAGCUUUGGAAAACUGGAGGCAGCUGAUAAACUCUUAGGUAAGGUUUUGAGAACAGCCUCGAGAAUUGAUGCUAAUACAUGCCAUGUGCUAAUGGAGAGCUAUUUGAGUAAAGGGAUUCCUCUAUCAUCUUAUAGAGUAGCAGUUAGAAUGUUUAACAGGAAUCUGAUUCCUGAUUUGAAGUUGUGUGAAAAGGUGAGCAAGAAACUGACAUUAGAAGGAAAAACAGAGGAGGCAGAUAACCUUAUGUUACGUUUUGUUGAACGAGGAAAUACCUUGCCUUAUGGUCCACAUAAUUUACAAAGCCUGUGAACAUCAUUUUUUGCCAAUGAUAACCUUCAAGGGCUUCAAAUGGUUGAUUAGUGAAACAUGGACAUAACAUAAAUUUUUGAUGUUAUCUACACACAAACAUGGAAAGGGAAAGACCAAAACAAGCUUUGUGUUUGUCGUAUCAGGCCUACAGAAAAAUUAUUAGUGGUUGAUUCUCAAGAGAUGGGUUCUAGAGAUAAACAGAGGAUCCUUUUCCAUCGAGAAAUGCAAGCAAAGAGGUCAUCCCACCUCUCUGAUUAUCCUUCAUAACCUCACACCAUGAAGAUUUCUAUUAGGCAAUCAAAUCCACCUGUGCUGAUGUGCUACAGGUGUGGUCAUGAUCAUCAGUCACCACCUACAAUAAAUAAGUCUCUACAAUCACAGCCAAACAAAUCUUUAGUUAAUUUACUCUAAAAUCUGCUUGGAAAACUUUAGGAUGGGAUCUCGUUGACUUGGUCAACACCAUGGAAAGCAACAAUCUCCUAUGGCUUUUUGACCUGGAACAAGAAGUUAGCACAUUGGGAGUCAUGUGAUGGGGAUUUCCUGAUGGUAGCUGGGAGGAAGCAGCUUGUUUAACGGCUUAGAAUUCUGCAUGGUCAAGAAGCGAACAGGUCUGGAAACAGAGAGUCUUAUGUUGUAUGUGCACUGGGCUUUGAGAAUCUUGCAGAAAAAGUGUAUUUGAAUAUAAUAAGAAAAAGGCACAGAAAGGAUUGGCACUGGAUUUUUUGGUGGUAUUGACUAUAGAGGGGGAAAAAGCAUUGCUACAGGCAGACAAUGCUUGACAGAUGGGUUCUAAGAAAUAUUCAUCAUGCAUAGUUGUUGAAGCACUUUAAGUGCUAUGUCAUAUUAGGGUGACAUAUUCUGCAUCGUUGUGUAUGGCUAUUUAUUGAGGGCAUCUGUCACUCAGUAGUCAGAUGGAGCCAAAUAAUCUGGAAAGAUGGGAAAAAGAGAAAUAGCCAUGCAAUUGCUAGAAGAUUGUAUGUGUGUUAUGGCCAACCAAGCAAUUGCUAGAAGAUUGUAUUGCAGUUGAAUGCAAUUAUGAUCUUGUUUUGUUAAAGAGAUUGAAUUGAGGAUAUAAUUGGUUUCGGUAGAUAUGAAACUCGGGACAUAUUUAUUUAUUUGGAGUGAAAGAUCACACUUGUUCAGAAUUUUGUUUACACAUACUCCAAUGAAUUUGUGCGUUUAUGCUUAAAAUGUUGAAAA